UUACAAAACGCAGUUAUGGAUGCGUUCAUGGGCAUUAAAUAAUAAAUGGAACGUCAAUUUAUUAAAUCAAAGUUGUCAAAUUGUUCUGCCAGCUAAAGUUAUGUUUUGAUUCGUAAUUAAUAUCGGUAUUUAGUGAAAAUUUGCCCGUUUCUGAUAAAACUGCUUUGUUAAUUAUAUCCAUAAUGUCUACUGAUUUAAAUGCUAGCUUCAAUGAGCAGUUCAUGAACAUAAACACUAAAUUGAAAAAACGUUUCUUAAGGAAGCCGAAUAUUUCUGAAGCUACCAACGAGUUCAUAGCGCUUGCUAUCCAGUGCGAGUAUUCCGAGCAACCUACAUUUGCUGGUCAUUGCUAUAUUGGUGCAGCCAAGUGCGAAGCAUCUGUUGGCAACUUUUUGGGCGAAGCGGAGUAUCUAGUGACUGCUGCAAGGCAGUUCAUGAAGGCAGAGAAAAAAUUACGUUCGUUAAAGUUUUGUAGUCCUGAUAGAGAAAAUCUAGAGGCAGCCAUUGGAUGCUUCACCCAAGCCCUGACCAAGUAUCCAGAAAGGUCCUCCAUCCGCUUGUCUCUACUGAGCGAGCUGGCAGCUGACCUCGUAACAUUGAACCUAAAGUGUGAAGCUAUAUCCUACUAUGAACAAGCACUUGCUUUAGUACAGGACCCAACCAUGAGGAUCAUAUUUGUGAAGAAUUAUAUUAACCUGCUUAUAGACUGUGGAAAAUAUGAUAUAGCCCUAGAAAAAGCAAAUGAACUGAUAGAUUCCAAUGUGGACCUACCAGAAGAUGUUCUAGCAGAAAUCCAGCUAAGUCGAAUACUCCUUUCCCUUUACAUGGACCCUAAAAGUGAUGCAAAGGUAGAAUCCCUGAAACAACUUUUCACUGAUAUACUGAAUGAUGAUGACAGUGAUGCAAUACCAUUCAACGUGGACCUUCGGCUGAAACUCCAGUCGGCCAUCUUGUCCCACGUGUCGCGCGACGCGCAGGCGCUGGCGCGCGCCGCGUGCGCGCUGCGGCCCGCGCUCGCCCCCGCGCAGCAGGACCUGCUCGCCAUGCUCCACCACGCUGCCACCAGGAACGGGAACUACUAAUAAAUUGUGUCUUAAGGUGUAAGGCUGUUUUUGGUUAAGCUCUGUCAUUGCGUUUAUGGCACACAUUGGUUGUUUUGUUAUUUACUUAAACAUUCGCCUCCGAGUUGGUCCCCCUUGUCGUAUACUACACAUGGCGCGUGAUCCAAAAUAAACUCAGUGUCUUAUAGUAUAAAGCUUUUUUGCAAUAAUCGCUUCAAUAACACGAGUUAAUAUAUGAAGAACACGCGAAUAAUUUAGUAUGGGUACUGUAAAAAAGAAUGCGGUCUAACUGUGGUGGAGAAUAUAAACGCAGACGUAGAUUUCUGAUAUUAUAUAUUUUUUCUUCAAACAGCUAGAUUAUAAAUAUCGACUACUCUUGAUGGUUGCCACCUUCCGAAUGGCCGUCUGCAGAUAUAGUAUACGAACCCUGUGUUUGUAUUAAAUAUUUUAACAGAGGCAACUACCUACCUACUAAGGCUGCAGACUGGACGCACGCGAUCGGCGUCGUGCGGCGCGGCAAGCGCACAGCGGGCGGCAAUCGCCGCCGCCGUCGACCAGAACAGAUUCGUUAAAUUCUAAGUAUACGUUUUGAUCGAGUCAUCGAGUUCAAAAUGUACCUAUAGACUUGAAUUAAUCUAAUUUGACGACCGCUGCUUCGCUAGUCAUGCCGCCGGUCGCCCCGUCUAGUCGUAUGUAAUAAAUCCUAAUGUAUUAAGUCAAUUCAACUGUAGAAACAUAACAAAUCAAUAUAUUAAAUAUAAUAUGUAUAUUACGUUAAAUGA